AUGAGUGAGGGGGCCCUUACUCUUCCUGCCUCUCAGACCAGCAGGAGGAGAGCAGACGCCACUGAAGUCUCCCUCUUCCCCGUGGUUCCUGCUCUGGGUCCCAGUUACCAUCUAGGGACACAGCACCCUGCGCUGUUGCUGCUGUGUGGUCAGGAAAGACAGCUGGGGGGAGUCGGGGUGGGGUCUGUCAGAGGAGGGCUUGGAGAGGAGAGUUGUUUUCAGGCUCAGCAGCACUUAAGUCUCCCCUGGGGAGGGCGCCUAAGCCCUGUGACUGGUGCGUGCAGGGAGGGGGCGGUCAGGAGAAGGGCUUGGCAGAGCUCCAGCAACAAUAUUGGGGUAACCCCCCUUCUUGGGGGAGAGGGAGCAGAGCGGGCCUCUCCAGCGGGCCCCUCAAAGCCCUCCUCCCCUGUUCACACGGUUAACAUUAUUUUUAAACCCAAGGCCGGGAAAGAAGAAUCCAAAAAGCAAUAUUUCUCAUCACAUGCCAAAAACAGGAUUAAGAAAAGGAGCGGCAGGCCGAGGCCCCUCCAGCUGUUCCUUGGGGGUCCCCCUCUGCCCACCUCAGUAUGGUGCUGGGUAGAUGGGAUACCUGGGUUCUCACCUUCAAAAAUAGGGGCAACCCCAGGCUCUAGACAGAGGCCCUUUUAUUUUUUAUUCUGA